GAGGUUCUCAAGCAUACCACAGUGGUACCGGAUGGACGUGCGCUGACCCGGCUCUCGUGACACACUUCUGGUUUUCCAUACGAAUGCACCAAUAGGUACAGAAAUCUUACCAGAGUUUAACUGACUGCCAACAACUUCGCUUCUGGCACUGAAGACAAUACUGAUUAGUGAUUUGUUCUUUAAGGAGUACAAGGGAACUGUCACAAAAUGAAAUUGUCCUUCAUAUUCGAACUACUUCUGAUUUUUGUGUUCAUUGCAUUUGCAGCAUCUGCUGUCAUAGAUAAAAGAGGCUAUCACAACAGGAAAGGUGAGCUCAAGAAGCAUGUCGGACGUAAGUCUGUGGACAAAAGAAGACAAGGAUCCAGUGGUACAAACUCGAACAGAUAUUGCAGCUGUAACAUGAAGCUCUGCAAUUGUUGCAGAGAAUUCAAUUUGCCCGUCGUAUCCUUGCAAGGACCUGGAUGUGCUUCCUUACAACAUCUUAAAGGAGAUCGGUUAGCUAUCUCGAUGAGCUUUGGCGAAAGAGUAUUGACAAAUACUACGAUAUCCAGUAGGAAACCACAGCCGGUUUGCAUGCCAUUACCUGGAGGCAUUUCGAAAUUCUGCGGCCGCAUCUACAACAUAGGCCGAAAAGGAGACGAUUUCCAAGCUUGUCUCGGCUUAGAACUCCGAUCAUUGAGCAACAUCGAGGCCUCACUUAGGGUGUCCUGCUUCAAAUUCGGUCCCAAAGGUCUUAGAGUUGAGCCAUCGCAACCUCUUCCAGUUGUUGAAGAAGAGGAAGAUGACGAUGACGACGAAGAUGAUGAAGACGAGUUCGAUUUCGAUGGAGAUGAUGACGAUGAUGAAGAUGAAGAUGAUUCGGAGAAUGAUGUGGAAGCUGUAGAAUAUGGAGGAUUUAGCGUGUUUGACGAUGACUUCAUCGAUCAAUACUUCGAGUCUGACAACACUGGUAGUAAGAAGAAGCCUCCAGCGAAGAAACAACCAGUUCAAAUAACCAAAGCACCUAUUAAGAAGACAACCAAAGCACCUGUGACGAAACCAUUGAGGAGGAAACCAGUUAAAACGAAGACUUCUCCUAGACCAAAACCAACCCGCACCUCUUACAUAACCAAAGCACCUAAGAAGACUGUUAGAAGCACAACCGCUACUACCCCUAUUUCCAUCAAAACUCCUUCCACAACUUCCACCAGUUCUUCAACAACUCUAACCUCAUCCACCGCUGCUGACAUAACAGAAAAAGCAAGUUUGAUAGAAGAAAGCGCUACAGCUAUACCUGAACAAAAUAUCACAAACAAUAAUUUCGCAGAUUUUACACAAAUCAAAAACGAAAUUAAUACAGAAGCAUCUGAAUUAUCAACAGUACAAAACACUAUAUAUACCACCAUCCAAUCAUUCACAACAACAGAAGCAAUAGUAUCCAAUGACAUCAAAUCAUCUUCUACACCAAAAGAAGAGGAAGAUGACGAUUCUAUUGAAUCCAGUGGGAGUGAAGAGAACCCAAUCGCAGAAGUCGUUGAGGAUAUGUUAGAUGAAAGUGAUGAGAUAAUCGAAAAGAAGAACGCUACCCUAAAAAGUAAUAAGAAAAAAACUAACUCCACUUCAGUCAAAGAAGAGUCAGAUGAUGUAUCGGACAUUCUUGAUGGCGUUGUAGAUACAAUAACUGGAGAAGAUUCUGAUGAAGACAAGGCUGAAAAUGAUGAUGAUGAGGAUGAAGACGAUGAUGAUGAGUUUGAUGAUGAUGACGAUGAGAAUGAAGAUGAUGAAGAUAGAAGAAGAAGGAAGAGGAAGUUGGAGCUCAGAAAAACUGAGGGUAGGAGAAGCAGAGAUAUGUGGUUAGAUAGAUUACAUUGGUGAAAAGAUUGCAAUUCAGGAGAAUGAUAAUUUAUUGAAUUAUUUAUUGAAGUAUUUAUUUAUUUUAUUUAUUAUUAUUUAUUGAAGAUUAUAUAUGUUUUGUAAAUAUUUGUACCCAAAGUUUCACAGUAUUCAUCAAUAAAAUUUUACUUUUUUUAUUGAA